GGGGUCCAGAAAUGAUGAGCCAGAACAGAUUUAUCAUAUCAAUGACCAUAGUACCUUUCCCAGGGCAACCAGCAUUUAUUUGCGGGCUGGGACGUCGACAGAAAGCGAAUCUGUGGCCCCUAGCGAUUAUUAUACGGCUUAAAGUGGAGAGAAGAAUCGACACGAAGAGUCGACGAAUCUGGACCAAAUGACAGAAAUGAGGGCUAGAAUGUCGAGCUUGAUGGGUGCUGAGCUGCUGAGGGGACAUGAAGAUCGAAACCUCGUGUACGCAGUCCGGGUACUGGACUGCACGAACUGAUAGACGGGACGCUUUCUUAUAGCCACCAAGGGUCAGGGUCGAGUUUUCAGGGCCCCCAGGUUUCCGAGGAAUGCAAGGUUCGAAUACUCGGGAUCAAUCCCAAGCUCUGUGUAGAAAUUCUUGCUCGCGGAAGUGAUUGCGGAACUUUCACGCACUGCGCUCCGGAAUCAGCCGAAGAAGCUGUAAUUUGAACUCGACGAAGCUCGAGAGAGGUGAAUGAAUUUCGUGUCUGUUUCAGUUCUCAUUCCGUCCCCGUUGUUGCUCCUGCUUCCAUGGUAUUUCACGAACCUUCUCUGCCAACUUUCCUCUGAAUCCUUCUCCCCGCAUCCCUCCACGGUGCACCUCUCUUUUCCAAAGCUCGUCGCAAACAGAGUCCGAUUCUCGAGCUUUCCCGAAGAGGGCACUGCUCAACCAUUAUGUCGUGGCGAGCGUCGACUAGCUCGGUGCUGCUGGCAAUUCUGAGAUGUUGGACGGAAGAGUCGGCCAAAGAGGUGGAACACCAAAUUCUCGAGAACUUAGAGCUCGUCACCGAGUUGGAUCUCGGCAAGAGCGAGCCCGGAGCCGAUGGGGUCGUGGCUCUGGUCAAAGCCCUCCAGACUCGCGCGUUUCCUCGGCUCGAGAUCAUGGACUUGUCGUUCAAUCCGAUCGGCGACAAGGGAGUGACAGAGCUCUCCAAGGCCAUCGUCAAAGGCAACUUAUCUAACUUGCGAGUGUUGGAAAUUCGGAAUGUGCACAUGGGACCUGCCGGCGGCAGGGCAUUGGCGAAAGCUCUGGAAUCCGGAGGUCUGUCAUGUCUCCACACCCUGCGCCUCGAUUCGAACGACAUCCAAGACUUGGGGCUGGUGGCUCUGGCGGAAGCUCUGGAAUCAGGUCACGUUCCGUCUCUGAGGUUACUGGGCGUCGGACAGAGCGACCUCCUGAAGCUCAUGGGCGGAGGAGAAGAUGCCUUGGAAGGAUUCCACAUCGCGGGAGCCGAAGCGCUCGGGAAAGCUCUGCAAUCGGGCGAGCUGGCGCAACUCGAGGCUCUGCAUCUGGAUGGCAUGGACGGGCAGGAGGGAGUGAUGGCGGUGAUGAGCGGCCUGGAAGCAGGCCGAGUGGGCGCAUUCAGAUCCCUCCAUCUGUCGUCGUACGACGUCGGAGUGGAAGGCGUUCGAGCAAUCGCGAGCGUGCUCACAUCGCAGCGAUUCUCGUCCCUCGCCUCAUUGAGUCUUCCCUUCGGCAUCAGCCUCCGGGACGAUUCGCUGCUGGCGCUCUCGGAGGCCUUCAAGUCCGAGAGCAUGAACAAGCUGCAGACUCUGGAAUUCAGCAACGUAUCGAUGACAGAGCAAGGGCUGCUGGAGAUGGCUGCUCUCCUGGAGGCCGGGCAUCUCCCCAGCCUGCAGAAACUGAUCUGCACCGGCGCACGCAACACGCCGGCCAGCGCUCAGGCUCUGGUGCGAGCGUACAUGAAGAACCCAUUCCUCGUGGUGAAGAUCCUCGUCGACUGGCCGACGGAGCAGAUCCGGAACAACGCCGAAGGAUUGAGGAAGCGCAACAUCCGAUCGGUGGGCAGCUUGAAGGUGCUGAAGGACGAGCCUUUGGUGGCCGGGUGCCAUGGCAAGGUGUUCGUCUGCGGCCAGCCCAAAGUCGGCAAGACCUCGCUCAGAAAGUCGCUGUGCAGCUUGACGAGGUGGGAGGCGCUGGCCGCCAGCGUCAGGAAGCGAGACACCACGAGCGACGACAUCGGCAGCAGGAUGGAUUUUUCCACCGUGAGCCACAAGAAGCUGAGCCUCGGCCUGUGGGAUCUCCGGGGCCAGGCGGAGUACGACCUCCUCCACGCCGGGUUCCUCUCGCAUCUGGCCUACGGGAACUGCCAGACCACCAUGUUCCUGCUCGUGUGCAGCGCCAACUACACGGGCGAGGAGAACAAGCGCUUGGCCAAGACCGAGCUCGACUACUGGAUGAGGUACAUCUCGUCCAUGUCCGCGAGGGGCGUGCAGGACUGCAAGCCUCUGGUCUUCGUCGUCCUGAACUCCUUCCAGGGCGACCACUCUUGCCACAACCACGGCGAGUGGACCAGCAUCAUCAGCAUGAUCAACACGAGCUUCCUCGACUUCUUCAAUGUCCACCCUUACCCAUUCAUUCUGAGCGCGCUGCACCGGAAGGACGUCAAGCAUCUGAAGGCCAGACUGCUGGAGACGGCGUCGAAUCUGCUGCAGGGGACGAGGAUUCCGAAAAUCUGUCGGAAGAUUCAGGAGAGGGUCGGAAUGUGGGCGGCCUCGGGCAGCAGGUAUCCGAUUCUCAGGUGGGGGAGCUACCUGAGGACCAUAGGAGGAGCGCUAGACGCCACCAAGGUCAGGGCGGCGACUGAGUACCUGCACGAAGCUGGUCAUCUCAUGUACUUUCGGGCGGGAUCGCUGAGAGGGGAGGAUCUGGCCGGCGAGAGCCUGGUCAUUCUGCAGCCCGAUUGGUUCUGGAAGCAAAUGCUGCAACACAUUCUGCUGCCGGAGCCUUCCAACAUCAUAUCGGACACGUCUCUCGAGCACAGCAUGUGCGGCGAUGGGUCCAUUUUCCUUCCAGCAUUCCGAGCUCACAUCCGGAGAAACCUCGAGAUCGACGCCGCCCAGGCGAACGAGGUGAUCGCAGUCCUGACGAGCCUCGAUCUCGUGUACAAAAUCUCCGAGGACUGCGUCUUCGUGCCGUCCCGGCUGGAGACAGACGAGGUUCCGGCCUACUGGUCGAUGGCGACCCCGGGCCAUUGGGUGAUGGGCUUCUCGUUGGCCAUGGCAGAAACGGAGUCGGCCACCAUGCUUCCGAUAGCGGUCUUCCGCCAGCUGCAAGUGAGGCUUUCUCGCCACCCGGAAUUCGGUCACAGGCUCAACGACAACCACUACAUCGCAGGCAGGAACAUGAUCUCGUUCAGGAGCAGAGGGAUGGCGGUAGCAGUGCAGUACGUUCCCGAUCCGACAAACAGGCUGGACAUUCUGGUCAGACCUCUGAUUUUAGCAGAUCAGUACGAGGAUUACAGGGAGAUUCAAGUGAACAUAGCUCAGAAGAUCUUAGGAAUAGUUGUCAAUAUCACAGAUGGGUGUAGCCCAACAGAUUCUAUAGUGCACAUUAGCGAGAAGCUCUGUCCGGGGAUCGACUUCAUGAUCCAGGUGAUGAAGCCCUGGUCCACGGAGGAGGGUCUUAAACCCGUCGAGCUCAGGGACGUCAACAUGUCGGUGGCCGAGGUGAAGGAGUGGAUACGGAGGAGUGCGAGCGAGCCCUCGCACUGGACAGGAGAAGGAGACCAUCAUGUUGCGGGCAAUCAGCAGCUGGUACGAAGGGAUUUGGAGUCCAUAAAGAGGAACUCGUUUGAUCGCAGCAGGGCCUCGGUAGAUAGAGACAAAUUCUCACGCAACCAGCAGCUGGUGCGAAGAGAUUUGGAGUCCAUAAAGAGGACGACGUAUGAUUCUAGCAAGGCCUUAUUAGAUCGAGAAUAUGCUUCCAGCAAUCAGCAGCUGGUACGAAGAGAUGAGGAGUCCAUAAAGCGUAUGUCUUGUGAUCGUAGCAAGGUCUUAUCAGAAGGAGAAGAUGUUUCAAGCAAUCAGCAGCUGGUUCGAAGGGAUUUGGAGUCCAUAAAGAGGACCACGUUUGAUCCCAGCAGGGCCUCGGUAGAUAGAGAAAACUUUUUGCGCAACCAGCAGCUGGUGCGAAGGGAUUCGGAGUCCAUAAAGAGGACCACGUUUGAUCCCAGCAGGCCCUCGGUAGAUAGAGAAAAAAUUUCAAGCAACCAGCAGCUGGUACGAAGAGAUUUGGAGUCCAUAAAGAGGACCUCGUUUGAUCGCAGCAGGGCCUCGGUAGAUAGAGAAAAAUUUUCAAGCAACCAGCAGCUGGUACGACGAGAUUUGGAGUCCAUAAAGAGGACGACGUAUGAUACUAGCAAGGCCUUCUCAGCGGGAGAAGAUGUUUCAAGCAAUCAGCAGCUGGUACGAAGAGAUUCAGAGUCCUUGAAGAGAACCACGUAUGACCCUACCAAGGCCUUAAUUGAUCCCAUUGACAGAGUCUUAAACAUCGCAAGAUAGCAUCCGUCGAACAUGGUCGCUCUUCGGGUACUUGUACAUAUCGCUGUCAGCUCAAUUUUCGAGAUCACGACGUUGUAAAUAUAUGGCCGAAAACGUGCUUCCUGGUACCAGCUAUCUCCCGAGCAAAGCUAUUCCCGCUUUGCUUGAAAUCGUGUGCAUUCUCGGUUACUGUCUCCACGUCCACUGGGUUCCUUCUAUAGUCGUCUCCAACAUCGGUCCAAAUUGAAGCUCUAAAUCAUUACUCAUUAACUCGGAUGAGUUACAAAACUCUCUUUCCGCCAGUGGGGGAUCACCCAGAGAAUUUGCAAGUCCGAAGCAUUUUAUUUUGUUUGGUUUCCCGACGUAAAGCGCUUAGUGAUUUGUCUAUGCGUUUGCUUCCAUUGGUGUAAGCUACGAGAAGCCGAUCAGGACAGUACAAAGGCAACCAUAAAAUAUACAACCCAUGUCUAGGAAUCCACUCUACCUACUCUUUCUCUCUAAGAGAUGAAGAGCAAUCCUCACUCAGU